UUUUCGUACUCCAUCAAAUAAACAUCAAAAGUUAAUUGUCCUUUCAUAUAGAAAAUAAUAUAUCCAUUAAAAAUUGUUAAAACAUAAAAAAUAUCAACGAAAAUGUGAUAAAUACAUAAAUAAGUAAAAGUUUAAACUAAAUUCAUACAUGGUUUAAUGAAAUUUCAACUAAAUAUAGCUUAAAAAAACCAUUUAAAAUGGUUUGAACAAAUUUUCUCAUAAGAAAAAAAAGAAAGACAACAAAAGCAAAUACAGGAAAAUACAAAAAAAAAAACUAACAAAUAAAAGAAAUGGAUAUAAGUGUAUAGGCGAAUGAAAGAAGAGAAACAUACAAAAUAAAAUAAAAAAAUAACAGUGUAGAAAUAACAAAAUCUAUAGUAAAACAUUACAAAAAAAAAGUUUAUUUUGUUGUAUGGUUUAUUAGUGUUUAAAAGUGUUUUUUACUAAUAGAGCGGCAAAUAAAGAAAGACAACAUUAGCAACAACUAAAAGUUAACUUAUGAAAAAAGAAUGCAAUAUAAAAUAAACAACAGAAAUCAAAAUAAAAACAACAAAACUCAAACGCAAGUAGCAGCAGCAGAAACAUAAACAAAAUGUGUUUGUCAAUGUUGUAGUUGUUGUGAGAUGUCCUGAUAUGAUAUCAACACCUUGCAGAGAGUGAGCGCGAGUGUGUGCACAUGGUGUGUUUGAAAAAGAAAAUCCAAAAAAAAACACGGUCUUUUAAAAAAAGUAGAGAUAAAGCAGUGCAACGUUGAAGUAAAUGAGAAAGAAAAAAACAACUAAACUAAAGUAAAGUAAAAAUUACAACACACAGAGCGAGCGCUGUGCAGCACUUCAUGUCAUCAACGAGACUACAUUGAAUAUCAGUAGAGCAUAAGGAGUUAGAAGUUAAACAACCCAUAUUUUCAUAUUCAUCAGCAACGACAAAUGUCAGCGUCAUCGUCAUCAUCAUUAUUAUUGCCAACAUUAUUCAACUUAACAUCAACAACAACCGCCUAGACAACCAACCAAAGCAAAUUGAACAAAAAUUUAAUAAUAAUUCUGUUUAUUUUUUCAUAAUAUUUUUGAAAUCUGUUAACGGAAGCGGAAAUUAUAAGCAAAUUUGAUUUUGUUAUAAUUUUGCAAAUAAGCUCUCAAUCCUACCACCACCCCCUCCUCAACAGUGGAUAGUAAAGCAAAGUGUUGUGUUUUAAGCCAGCUAACAGCUUAAUACCACCAGUGAAGUUAAGCAAUUUGAGAGGGAAGGUAGAAAAAAGGUGCUGCCUUUUUUUUAAGGCUGCACUAAGCAAUGUCGCACAGUUCAUUAAAUGGUGGAGCAGGAGCCGCAGCCGCAGGUUUACUUAUAGACAGCAGUAGUACCACAACAACAAAUACCUUUCAGGCCACUAGCAUUAUGGAUUCCUCCAGAGUCUCUACAUGCCUGAUAUCAAUGCUGUUGAUAGUCUACGGUAGCUUUCGUAGUUUAAAUAUCGAACAGGAGGCCCGAGAGCGUGAGCAAAAGAAACGCAAUGAAUCGAUGACAAAUUUAUUGACCGGUGAACCUGUUCAACAGGACACAAGUAUGUAUAAGUUUGCCACUUUGGAUACUAUGCAUGCUUUGUGUUUACCUUUGGGAGCUUCUAUAUCAUUGUUAAUUAUGUUUUUCUUUUUCGAUUCAAUGCAAUUGUUAUUUGCUGUCUGUACCGCAAUAAUUGCCACUGUGGCUUUGGCCUUUUUACUCUUGCCCAUGUGCCAGUAUAUAAUACGCCCCUGCACUGAUGGCAAUCGAAUAUCGUUUGGUAUUUGUGGACGUUUUACUGCCGCUGAACUUUUCAGUUUUACUCUGUCUGUGUCAAUUGUUUGCGUAUGGGUGCUAACCGGUCAUUGGCUUUUAAUGGAUGCCAUGGGCAUGGGCCUUUGUGUUGCAUUUAUUGCCUUCGUACGCUUGCCAAGUCUUAAAGUCUCAACGCUUCUACUAACCGGCCUACUCAUCUAUGACGUUUUCUGGGUCUUCUUCUCCUCUUAUAUAUUUAGCACAAAUGUUAUGGUCAAGGUGGCGACACGGCCAGCUGACAAUCCAGUUGGCAUUGUGGCGCGCAAACUGAAUUUGGGUAGUAUGGUUAGAGAAGCACCGAAAUUAAAUCUACCCGGAAAACUGGUUUUUCCAAGCAUACACAAUACGGGACAUUUCUCAAUGUUGGGUCUGGGUGAUAUCGUAAUGCCAGGGCUGCUAUUAUGCUUUGUAUUGCGCUAUGAUGCCUACAAAAAGUCACAGGGCGUAACAAAUGAUCCAACAUUAUCACCGCCAAGAAGUGUUGGCUCGAGAUUGACAUAUUUUCAUUGUUCCUUAUUGGGUUAUUUCCUUGGUUUACUUACGGCUACUGUAAGUUCAGAAGUUUUUAAAGCUGCUCAGCCGGCUUUACUAUAUUUGGUACCAUUCACAUUAUUGCCUUUGUUGACAAUGGCUUAUUUUAAGGGUGACUUACGUCGCAUGUGGAGUGAACCUUUCAUUACCCAUCCACCUUCAAAACAACUGGAAGUCUGAGUGUUUUCUCCAAAUAAUUUUUAUCUUUACUAUUAUGUCUUAAUGUAAAUUAUAAGUUUUUGUUUUUAGUAGUAUUUUUAUACAAAUUUUUCUAAUAAUAUUUUCACUCGAUAAGUUUAAUUAUAAGUUUAAUUUUUCAUUUUUCCUUUUUUUUUAAAAAAAAAAAAAACAAACAAUUUAAUAUAAUGAAUUCGAAUUGAAAUGAAAUUUCCUUUCCGGCUGAACUAAUAAAAUCUCUUAAUAUAACUUUUAAAAUAAUUUAUACUUAAUAAAAUUUGAAUAUAGUUGAAGUCUCCAGCUAGUUAUAUUUAAAGGUUUUAAUAUGAAUUAAUAAAACAAUGAAAAAAUAACCCAAAAUAAAAGGAUUUCUAUACAAUAAUAUGCUUUGAAAGUCUGACUAAAACCUGGAGUUUCAACUAUAUAAAAAUAAAGAAGGAAAGGACCUUUGAGUCUAGUUAAGAAGCUGUUAAAAAAGUUAAAACUGAUUAAAUUUUAGAAAUAUUUCACAGACAAUUUGUUAAACAAAAGAUAUUGCUUUUUUUUUUGGUAACAUCAAAAUCAACCAUUGUUUAACUACAUAAAUAGAAAUUUAUCUUACUCUUUUGACAGUUCUUUUCCCAGUCUCUUUGGUCUUCAUCUUGCCUUUAAUAGUUUUUUUUAUUGUUUUCCAACAAAAAACUCUUUAUAAGUCAAAAAGUAUGCAAAAGAAAAGAUAAACAAAUUCUGUCACAUUACUCUCUAACACAUAUUAUUAUUAUUAGAAAAAAUUUAAAGAACAAAAAAGUGAAGUGAAAACCAAUUUAGCAAUUAUAAAUAUCUACAUAUAAUAAAAACAGGAUGAAGUAAUAAAACUUGAAAUAGUAUUUAAAUGAAAGAAAACAAAAAUAAAA